AUGCGCGCGUCAUCUUCUCCUCUCACCGGACGAUGUUCGGGGAAUCUCCUCCGGGUCGCCUGGGGGCGAGACGGGGGCCCACCAAACCCGGAAAGCCGAACCCUGGCGACUCCAUCGCAACAACGUUCGCAACACAGAGGUACAUGUCGUUCAUGGUUCAUGGAUGGAUGUGCACAUCUGGAUGCCUGAUCUAUCGCUGGUGCUGUGUGUGUCGUUCAUCAGGUCACUGGCCACCAUUCCAGAUGCAACGGCUCGAUAGAGGAAGCCUACGCAACCGUCUCGACGCGCAGCGGCUGUUCGGCAUCUCGGAGGGCCUGGCGGCCAUCCAGGGCUCGUCGGUGGCUAAGGGAUGCCUGUCGGGGUAUGCCUGCUUCCGCAGCCACGAGUUGGGCGCCCAGAGGAUAGCCGCCAAGGUGGACAGGGGCGAAGUGACGGCCGAGGAAGAUCGGGCCAUGGGAGCCGUCAUGGGAUUAAUCGUCGGCGACGCACUCGGAGCACCUCUAGGUGGGUCGGUGGCGGGGUGGGUGAGGGUCAGAUACCGACCGACACGGACACGGUCUGACCAGAGAUCUCACCCACGCUGCCUUUUUUGUGUGGUCAUGGUGUGCGCAUUCCCCCAGAGUUUUGUGAUGUGUGUCAUGCCGGCGACGCGCGCACCGACUCCAUCCCCGACGUGAGCGGCUUCAGCGACACUGCCGUGUGGGAGCACCCCAGAUGCAACAAGUUUGAACUCAAACCAGGGUGAGAGACAAGGCGAGGCGAGGCAAGGGCGCGUUAAUGUCAUGUUGAUGAAUGGCUUGGUUGGUUGGUUGGCUGGUUGGUGCAUGCAGGCAGUGGACAGACGACGGCUCCAUGGCGCUGUGUCUGGCCGACAGCCUGCUGCUCCACGGCGACUGGAACCCCCGGGACGUCCGCCACCGGUUCAUCCUAUGGUGGACAUGCGGGUACAACAACGCUUUCGGAUUCGACGCGCCCACCGACCACUCUGGCGUCCUCGCCCCCGCCCCCGCCACCAGCCAGGCGGCCGAGGGCAACACGGACAGCGACUCUUCCCCCUCGCUGCGCCACCAGCAGCUGCCGCGGAAGCGUCGCCACAUCAACAGAGAGGGGCGCGGCAGCGUGGGUCUGGGUGGCAACAUAUCGUUGUCGCUGCGGGAGUUCAUGCGUGAGGGUGGGCGUGAGGGCUACACGAAGGAGGGGGACGAGCGGACGUCGGGCAACGGGUCGCUCAUGCGCCUCGCUCCAGUGCCCGUCUGCUUCCACCGGGACCUCUCGAGGGCCAUGGAGGUCGCACGCCUCUCCAGCCUCACCACACACCAGGUAUGUGUUGUGCACUCAGACAGUCAUCUAUCUGCAACCAUUCAUCCAUCCGUUCUGACUCAUGCAUGCACGAGUGUUCGUUCGUGUGUCGGUCAGGGCAUCGAGGCGUCUGACGGCUGCCGUUUGCUGACUUACCUGAUAGUCCGGGCCAUCCACGAGCAGCCCACCGACGCACAGGUCUUCCUGCGCCCAGACCACAUCACCACCCCCCUCACAGACCCCUCCACCGGCAAUGAGACGCUCCCCGGCUUCGACGCUACGGCUGUGUGCUACAGCGUGCAGUGUUUGGCUCUUGCGCGUGCCGAGGAGCGACACGCCGACAAUGGGGAUCUACCACUGGAGGAGAGGAACUGGGAGUGGACCCAUGCCAGAUACCGGUACGUACGUCACUUGCGAAAAAAGAGAGGAAGGAAGGAGGCGGGAGAGAGACGACUCAUACACGCAUCCAAUGGAUGGAUGUGUGGGUGUCAUUCUUUCUUUGUGUGUGUGGUGUGGUGCAGGUAUGCGGCUCGGCGCGCUGCGGAUCAGCCUGGGUAUGUGGGCAGCUACGCCAUGGACGCCCUCUCCAUGGCCCUCCACUGCGUCUACACAACACGGUGAGGGAGGAAGCGAUGAGAACGGAAGGACACACCAUGCAAAUGGCCUCCCACUGUCUCUCUGUCUCUCUGUCUGUCUGUCUGUCUGUCUGUCCUUUCGUCAUCAGUAGUUUUGCGGGUGCGGUGCUGAAGGCGGCGAAUCUGCGCGGCGACUCGGACACGGUAGCGGCCAUCACAGGGCAGAUCGCAGGCGCCAUCUAUGGCAUCACCAACGUUCCCAAAGACUGGAUCGCGGCUGUAGAAAAGUAGGUAGGCCGACCCAAGGACGACAGACAGACAGACUGGCACAUGAUAGCUGCAUGUCACCCACUGAUGCGUCCGUCAUCCAUCCAUGUAUGUAUUGAUCCAUCCAUCCAUCAGGUGGUCUGGUGGCACCGGCUUCCUGCUGGCUCGUGCCUAUCAUCUGCACCACCGACUGGCCGCCACCCCACCAGCCGACCCGCCCCUGGUGCUGCCCACCCCCUCCACACACGAGGCCCCACCGAACCGAGAGCACAACGCCGCUGUCCAUCCCUCCGUCCACCACACGGCCCACCACCACGUGGGAGUGACGGCACCCAUUCUGCCCUGCACGGCCGGGCCGGAGCCUCAGGGCGACAGACGAGGCGCACUGAGGAGUAGAGAGGAUAGAUUUGAGGGGCUGUGAGCGCAGGCACAGUAGCAGGCUAGCUUGGGUUGGCAGGGGGCUG